UGUUUUAAAAAACACCAAGGAAGUAGGACCCACUAAGUGGCUAAUGAUGAGGGAAAGGGAGGCCUAAAUUAAUCACCUGUUCUUCUUGCUACCAAAAGGACAGACUUUUGCUCUCUUUAAAAAUCUUCUGAAAUCGAAGUGCCUCAGAUUCCUUGCCUACACACAGACGUGCUCGCCUUGAUGGAUGUCCCCUCCUCUCCCUCUCUCUCUCUUUUCGCAAGUCCUGUGCUGUUUUUCUAGUCCUCAUGGUUUCACAUACUCCUGCUUCGAAUUGGGAAGGCGGUUACUGGGUUUUGGACUUCUGGGUAGUUGCGCUUUCAGCUCCAGAAGAGCAUUCACUAAGGUUAGUGGUUAGCUUGCUUUCAAAUAUACCCCUUUAGAUUUUUGUUACGCUGUUUGAGAGAGAACAAAAUGACCGGAGAAAAGAACAACUUUCAACUGGGCUAAUGCAACUGCUCAUGGUUGGUUGAGCAUAAGGAAAUCUUAGUUCACUUUCCACGUUUAUGCUCAUGGGAACAAUGACUACAUCUAGUAUGCCCGUCCCACGAGUAGCAUCUAAUUUUGAUGAGGUUUCUAUGCAUCAGAGCUUGCUCUUCUCUGAUAGUCUCAAGGAUUUGAAGAAUUUGAGAACACAAUUAUAUUCAGCGGCAGAGUACUUUGAACUAUCAUACACAAAUGAUGACCAGAAACAUAUAGUGGUAGAAACAUUGAAAGAUUAUGCCAUUAAAGCUCUCGUGAAUACAGUGGACCAUUUGGGUUCUGUGACAUAUAAGGUUAAUGAUUUCUUUGAUGAAAAAGUGGAUGAAGUUUCCGGCACAGAAUUUCGGGUAUCUUGCAUUGAACAGAGGCUAAGGACAUGCCAAGAAUAUAUUGAUCAUGAGGGUCUUUCCCAACAGUCAUCAGUGAUAGAUACUCCGAAAUACCACAAGCGGUACAUCUUGCCAGUUGGUGAGACCAUGCGUGGUGCCAACAAAACUAAAUCCAAAUACGAAGGUUGCAACCUAGAUGAUGAAGAUGAAUGGCAUCAAUUUCGGAAUGCUGUUCGUGCUACCAUUGGAGAAACCCCCCCACCUACGGUCAGCAAAGGGCGUUCUCCAUCUCCUUCUCCACAACCUUCCCAGCGGCCUGGAGUUUUUUCUUUUACAUCUACCAUGCCCAAAAAGGAAUUAGAGAAGCGAACAGUUUCACCUCAUCGGUUUCCACUUUUACGGUCUGGAUCUCUUGCAAGUAGGCCAACGACCCCGAACAAAAGUCAGUCAACUACCCCAAACUCAAGUAGGCCGACCACUCCGAAUCCUUCUAAUGCAAGACGACGGUACCCUUCGGAGCCUCGUAAAUCAGCUUCAAUGCGAUUACAUGCUGAAAGGGAAAAUGGAAGAGAGGUUGAACAAUACCCCAGCAAAAGUAAACGCCUCCUCAAAGCCCUGCUUAGCCGGCGCAAGUCAAAGAAAGACGACAUGCUAUACACUUACUUGGACGAAUACUGAGAAUGGACAUUGGAAGCAGAAAAUUACUGCAUAGUUUUUCUUUCAGCUUUACCCUUUGUUUGAUUU